AUGGCUGCAGCGUUCACCCCGGCGCGGUGUGUGAAGCACGUUCGCCGCGCGGUGGUGGUGCGCGCUGCUGUCGAUGAGGACGCUGAGCUGGAGGCCCGCCUGGCGAAGCUGAAGGCCGGCAAGCGCGAGACGACCGACGCCGAGAAGAAGCUGAAGCGGGCGGGCGGCGGCAAGCUGGGCGCCCCCGGCCCGAAGAAGCCGGUGUACGAUUUUACAGGGGAGACUGUUUACUGGGAGGGCAGCACCGCCAACGGCGACCUGGCCCUGAACAUCGCGCUGGGGGCGACGCUGGUGUGGCUGCCGCUGUCGCUGGGCGCCAUCGGGCGGCGCCAGUUCCUCAAGUACCGCUUCACGGACAAGCGGUUCACAGUCAGCGACUCGUUCCCCGGAUAUGAGGGGAAAUAG